CAGCUGUCCCAAAGCUCAACUGCUCGAACCAGCAAGGCGUGGGAAUCUGUGGGCUGCGCAGCGGCGGAGCGGACGCGGCGGUCCCAGCCAUGGCCCAUGGCGAGCUCGUCCGACCCCGACAAGCUCAUGACCAAAGCCGACAAGCUAACAAAAUUGAGUUUUACACGGUGGAAUGCUGAUUGGAAAAGCGCUACUUCCUUGUAUGAGCAAGCUGCGGUUGCAUAUAGGUUCAGAAAGGACAAUGAGAAAGCAAAAGAUGCAUUUGAGAAGGCCUCGAAAGGACAAGAAAUGAUCUCCUCACCAUGGGAUGCCUCUAAGCAUAUGGAAUCUGCUGCUGCUUUAGCGAAGGAGCUUGGACGCUGGAAUGAAGUAUCUGAUUUCUAUCGUAGAGCUUCAGAAUUAUGCCGCGAAUGUGGAAGGGCCCAACCUGCAUCGGAUGCUCUAGCAAAGGGUGCCAGUGCCUUGGAGGAGAAAUCUCCUGAAGAAGCUAUUAAAAUGUAUGAUGAGGCUUGCACAAUUCUAGAAGACGAUGGGAAGGAACAGAUGGCUUUUGACUUGUAUCGUGCUGCUGCAGCGUUGUACAUUAAGAUGGAGAAGUAUUCAGAUGCCGCUGCUUUCUUUCUAAGACUCGGUUCUGCUGCCGAUAAGUGCAAUGCCAUGAACAGCCAAUGCAAGGCUUAUCUGAGUGCGAUCAUCAUCUACCUUUACGCGCAUGAUUUUCAGCAAGCUCAGAAAUGCUACAAUGACUGCUCAGAGGUUCAAGCCUUCCUCAAUAGCGAUCAGAACCGAUGUGCAACGAAACUGUUAUCCGCUUAUGAGGAAGGUGAUGCUGAAGAAAUCAAACGUAUUGGUCAAUCGAGUGCCUUCAAUCACCUUGACCCUGUGGUGAUUAGGCUCGCAAGGAAGCUACCAACAGGCGAUCUGCAGGCCAUUAAGAAAGCAGCUGAUGAUGGCGAGGACUCCUUGGACGAGGAUGACCUAACUUAAAACGAACUUCCAAGGUCAAAAUGCGGAGAUCAAACAGGCGAAGGGACACUCAAAGUAUGCCAUCAAUGAGCAGGAACAGUCGUAAAAAGAAGUAAUGUGAAUUACAUACUAAAAACUUGUGGGCGGCAUCUGUAUCAUGAAAUUUGUCACGCUUAGUUCUGCUACAUAUCUACAUAUCUAUUGGUUCGGUGGUAUUGAGACUAUUGGUAUAUGUUUAUGUUGCCUGUGCUGUA